AUGGUGAUAAGUUGGAUUUUGAAUUCUUUAUCCAAAAACAUUGCUGAUAGCGUGUUAUUCUUGACUACUGCUCGAGAAAUAUGGCUUCAAUUGAAUCAAAGGUUCGAACAACCAGAUGGCGCCUUGAUUUACCAAAUUCAGCAACAGUUGUAUUCGAAUUCUCAAGGUUCAGAUGAUUUUACCACCUAUUUCACCAAAUUAACUCGAAUUUGGGAAGAAUUGCGUCUUGUUCAAGCAUUUCCUCCAUGUUCCUGUGCAGCUGCAUCCAAGAUUAACAAUUUUUUUGAAGAACAACGCCUCAUUCAACUUCUUAUAGGCCUUGAUGAUUCUUAUAAAGUUGUACGUGGUCAAAUUCUCAUGACUAAGCCUCUUCCUACUGUCUCCACUGCAUACUCCUUAAUUCUUCAAGAGGAACGACAACGAGGUAUUAAUACUUCUACUCCAAUUAAUACCGACAUUAUUGCCAUGAAUGCAUCUGUUGAAAACAGUGCUAUGUCCAAGAAAUCGUUAGUUUGCAAUCAUUGCAAAAAGCCUGGUCAUACCAAAUCACAGUGUUAUCGUCUCCAUGGAUUCCCUGCAAAUUUCAAAUUCACCAAAUCCAAACGUGAAGAACCAAAAUCCACUGUUCAGAAUGCAUUUGUUGAUUCCAAUUCUAAUAUUUCACAAGAAUAA